AUGACAUACGACUAUUCUGAUAUAACACCAGUGAAAAUCAAUACUGAAGAGCCUCAGCUUUGCCAGAUUCUUUAUGAUGAAGAAUACAAGCAAGUAAUGGGAUUGCUUCUUGCCUUGAUGCAACAAGAAGAGUAUUCUGAACGAGCAUUGGCCUUGACAGAAAAGGGAAUUGACUUGUUGGCAUCCCACUAUACCACUUGGAUAUACCGUUUCAAUAUUCUCAAACAUCUCAACAAGGACAUGCUUGAAGAAUUAGACUGGUGUGAACAAGUGGCUUUGGAUAACGAAAAGAACUAUCAGAUUUGGAAUUAUCGUCAGUUGAUAAUUGGCAACUGUAUUAAGUUUGAUCCUCAUAGAGAGUAUCCUAUCAUGAAGGCAAUGUUGGAUUCCGAUCCCAAGAACCAUCAUGUGUGGUCCUAUCGGAAAUGGUUGGUUGAAAAAUUCGAUUUAUAUCACGAUGAAAAAGAAUUAGAAUUUAUUGAAAAAGCCAUAACUUCAGAUUUGAGAAACAAUAGUGCCUGGUCACAUCGAUUCUUUUUAAAAUUCAGUAGGAAGCUCUUGACCGAUGAUGAAACUAUUGAAAACGAAAUUGACUAUGUUAAAAGUGCCAUUGCCAAAUCCCCUCAAAACCCUUCAACUUGGAAUUACUUGUUGGGAAUUUUUGACAAGUUUGAUAGGGACCUUCCUGAAUUGGAAGGCUUCUGUUUACAGUUUGUUGAUUUAAAGGAUGACAGUGUGAAAAGUUCGUUUGCUUUAGAAACAUUGGCCAAAAUUUAUAAAUUGCAAAAAAAAUACGAUGAUUCAAUUAAGGUAUAUGACUUGUUAAAAGACAAGUAUGACCCUAUUAGAAGUAACUAUUGGAAAUAUGAAGUUUCAAGGGUUGAAUCUUUAAAAGCUUAG